CUGACGCAUUGCUGGGGCGGGGCAGUCACCUGCAUCUUCCCGAGCCCAGGGCUACGUUAGCUCCAGUGACCGCGCCUGCACCGGCUCUUGGAGCUCAGCUUCGUGAUGACUGUGAGUGGUCCGGGGACCCCCGAGCCCCGACCUUCCGACCCCGGGGCCAGCUCAGCCGAGCAGCUGCGGAAGGAGGGCAACGAGCUGUUCAAAUGCGGGGAUUACGAGGGCGCCCUGACCGCCUACACCCAGGCCCUGAGUCUCGGCGCGACGCCCCAGGACCAGGCUAUUUUGCACCGAAACCGGGCUGCUUGCCACCUCAAGCUGGAAGAUUACAGCAAAGCAGAAUCAGAGGCAUCUAAAGCCAUUGAAAAGGACGGUGGGGAUGUCAAAGCACUUUAUCGACGAAGCCAAGCCCUAGAGAAGCUGGGCCGCCUGGACCAGGCUGUCCUUGACCUGAAGAGAUGUGUGAGCCUAGAACCCAAGAACAAAGUUUUCCAGGAGUCCCUGAGGAACAUUGGGGGCCAGAUUCAGGAGAAGGUGCGGUACAUGUCCUCCACAGAUGCCAAAGUGGAACAGAUGUUUCAGAUACUGUUGGAUCCCAAAGAGAAAGGCACAGAGAAGAAGCAGAAGGCCUCUCAGAACCUUGUGGUACUGGCCCGAGAGGAUGCUGGAGCCGAGAAGAUCUUCCGGAGCAAUGGGGUUCAGCUUUUGCAGCGCCUGCUGGACACGGGAGAGACUGACCUCAUGCUAGCAGCCCUGCGCACGCUGGUCGGCAUUUGCUCGGAGCACCAGUCGCGGACAGUGGCGACCCUGAGUGUCCUAGGAACUCGGAGAGUCGUCUCCAUCCUGGGUGUGGAAAACCAGGCUGUGUCGCUGGCAGCCUGCCACCUGCUGCAGGUUAUGUUUGAUGCCCUCAAGGAAGGCGUCAAGAAAGGCUUCCGAGGCAAAGAAGGUGCCAUUAUCGUGGAUCCUGCCCGGGAGCUGAAGGUUCUCAUCAGUAACCUCUUGGAGCUUCUGACUGAGGUGGGGGUCUCUGGCCAAGGCCGGGACAAUGCCCUGACUCUCCUCAUUAAAAUGGUACCCCGGAAGUCACCGAAGGAUCCCAACAACAGCCUCACACUCUGGGUCAUUGAUCAAGGUCUGAAAAAGAUUCUGGAGGUAGGGGGCUCCGUGCCGGAGGCCGCCGGGGAGCUCACGGUGACCGCAAACAGCCGCAUGAGUGCCUCCAUCCUCCUCAGCAAGCUGUUUGAUGACCUGAAGUGCGAUGCUGAGCGGGAGAACUUCCACCGACUCUGUGAGAACUACAUCAGGAGCUGGUUUGAGGGCCAAGGGCUGGCCGGGAAGCUGCGAGCCAUCCAGACAGUGUCCUGCCUUCUGCAGGGCCCAUGUGACGCUGGCAACCGGGCCUUAGAGCUGAGCGGUGUCAUGGAGAGUGUGAUCGCUCUGUGCGCCUCAGAGCAGGAGGAAGAACAGCUGGUGGCAGUGGAAGCACUGAUCCAUGCAGCCGGCAAAGCCAAGCGGGCCUCGUUCAUCACUGCCAACGGCGUCGCGCUGCUCAAGGACCUGUACAAGGGCAGCGAGAGGGACAGCAUCCGCAUCAGAGCGCUAGUGGGACUCUGUAAGCUCGGAUCAGCUGGAGGGACUGACUUUAGCAUGAAGCAGUUUGCUGAAGGCUCUACUCUCAAACUGGCCAAGCAGUGCCGAAAGUGGCUAUGCAAUGACCAGAUUGAUGCGGGUACUCGGCGCUGGGCAGUGGAGGGUCUGGCGUACCUCACCUUUGACGCUGAUGUGAAGGAAGAGUUUGUGGAGGACGAGGCUGCUCUGAAGGCCCUGUUCCAGCUCAGCAGGUCUGAAGAGAGGUCGGUGCUCUUUGCCGUAGGCUCGGCCCUGGUCAAUUGCACCAACAGCUACGACUAUGAGGAGCCCGACCCCAAGAUGGUGGAGCUGGCUAAGUAUGCCAAGCAGCACGUGCCUGAACAGCACCCCAAGGACAAACCAAGCUUCGUGCGGGCUCGUGUGAAGAAGCUGCUGGCAGCGGGUGUGGUGUCAGCCAUGACGUGUAUGGUGAAGACGGAGAGCCCAGUGCUGACGAACUCCUGUAGGGAGCUACUCUCCAGGGUCUUCCUGGCUUUGGUGGAGGAGGUGGAGGAUCGAGGUACCGUGGUUGCCCAGGGAGGGGGCAAGGCUCUGCUCCCGCUGGCCCUGGAAGGCACCGACGUUGGGCAGACAAAGGCAGCACAGGCUCUUGCUAAGCUUACCAUUACCUCCAACCCAGAGAUGACCUUUCCUGGUGAGCGGAUCUACGAAGUAGUCCGGCCCCUUGUCUCUCUGCUGCACCUCAGUUGCUCAGGACUGCAGAACUUCGAGGCCCUCAUGGCCCUAACGAACCUGGCCGGGAUCAGUGAGAGGCUUAGACAGAAGAUCCUGAAGGAGAAGGCCGUGCCCAUGAUUGAGGGCUACAUGUUUGAGGAGCAUGAGAUGAUCCGCCGGGCAGCUACAGAGUGCAUGUGUAACUUAGCCAUGAGCAAAGAGGUACAGGAUCUCUUCGAAGCCCAGGGCAACGACCGGUUGAAGCUGCUGGUGCUGUACAGCGGAGAAGAUGAUGAGCUUCUGCGGAGGGCUGCUGCCGGUGGCCUGGCCAUGCUCACCUCCAUGCGGCCCUCACUCUGCAGCCGUAUCCCACAAGUGACCACGCACUGGCUGGAGAUCCUGCAGGCCCUGCUUCUGAGCCCCAACCCCGAGCUGCAGCACCGGGGCACUGUCGUGGUGCUGAACAUGAUGGAGUCCUCGAAGGAGAUCGCCAGCACCCUGAUGGAGAGCGAGGUCCUGGAGAUCCUGUCAGUGUUGGCCAAGGGCGAGGAGAGCCCAGUCACCAGGGCUGCUGCAGCCUGUCUGGAGAAAGCGGUGGAAUAUAGACUUAUCCAACCCAACCAGGAUGGGGAGUGAGGUUUGGCCCUGGACCCACAGCUCAUGUGUCUGCCACCCAUCACAGCUCUGAGAGUCAGGAUAGAAGCAGCGUGGCCAACAGGACUGGGAUGCUGGACACUGGCCUUCCUCCCCAGCUGCACUUUGGUGUUCUCUAUCCUGCGGACAUGCACCACACAGCCCUGCCCCGCCAGCACUCAGAAGGGUCCUGUCUGUACUGUAGAGAGCUGGUAAUGGGGAGCACGCAUCCCAUUCAAGUCUGUGGAUUAUGGGCAUCAAGAAGGAAGGGCACAGCAGCAUCCUCACAAGCCGGGAGCAUCACCAGAGCCUGCCAGCAGGCUCGUCCCUCUAAUAAAUCAUGUGGAACUAAA